AUGCCGUAAGAUUCAUACAUAAAAUUUAUAUUUAUAAAGUUUAUAUAUUUUAAAGUUUUCUUAUUACAAUUUUAUUAUUCUUCAAAACUAUUUAUUUAAAAUUGAAGCUGACUCGAAUACAUUUGAAUAAGACUUUCGUAAGAUGGAGAAAGCGUCGUAAAGUUGCCAAAAAGGUCCUGACCUAUUUCGCAACAUUCUUUCUUUUUUGACCAUUUCAAGAUAAAGGAGUCUGACUUUUUCUUUUGAGAUUCUUAGAUAAUUACUUUUUUUUCAUUUUUCGGGAUACUCGAUCAAAAAUCAUAUGUAUUAUUUUGUAUUUCUUCAAGCCAUCACUUGUAAAUACGACAGAAAUUUCCUGCUUUGAAUAAGUUUCAUCAAAAAAAGAACACUAAUCAGCCUGAUUCCUUACUUUUCUACCUCCUGGAAAAGAAACCCAUUUUUUAAUCGUUUUCGAAUCCAUUACAUGUGAAUUAUUAUAUAAUUGAACAAAAAUCGAAGGUUCGAAAUUGCGUCGCCACUGAAAAGAAGUACGCCGUCGCCGGAGGUGCCCGCGAAGCAGCCGCAAAAUCUUUUUCUGGUUAUGGCAAGCUUCCUCGACUUUCUCCAAGUCAACAAGCACAAGGUAAAGAGGAAAAGGGACAAGAAAUGAGGGAUACUUUCAGACCUUCCGACCGAAGAAAAAGUUCCCCCAGGGAACGUUGCGGUACAAUCUGCACAAACAGGCCGAAGCGACGCUCCAUUCGGGUCUCGACUUGAAAGCCGCCGUCAAACUGCCCAACAAUGAGAAUUUCGACGAUUGGCUCGCAGUUCAUAGUAAUUUCAUUUUUUUUGGGGAAUUCUUCUCAAACUCAUCAUUAUUGAUUCUCUUCAGAACAGUGAAAAAUUCAUUUUUAUAGUUGAAGAGAGUAAUUUCAUUAGAAAUUUUGUUAAAAAAUCCCUUAUUCUAGAUGUUUUCGUACAAGGAACGACUACAUAACUUUCAGGUUUAUGAAGAAAAAAUUUUAAAACAGGAAACUUGUUUUCUGGAAGUUUUUAACAAAAUUUUUUUAUUGAAAAUGUGUACAAAAAGGUGAUUUUUUUUUCCAGCCGUUGACUUUUUCAACCGAAUCAACUUGAUGUAUGGAACGAUUUCGGACGUUUGCACCACUUCUUCUUGUCCGACGAUGUCUGGGGGCUCUAGGUAACUUUUUGAGUGAUUUUUAGGGUUUUCCAUGAAAUUUAAUGGUUGUUUUGCUUGUUUGAUUUGCUUCAAGUCAACAGAUUCCGCGUGAAAAUGAUAAGAACCCUUUUCGGACUUUUCCUUUUUUUCAAUAUAACGGACUUUUGUAAUAUUUCUUAAAUCUUCUAUCAAUUGAUGAAGUUUUUCACUAUUUUCCCUGUUUUUUCUUCUUAUCUACACAUUUUUGUUGGUUUGUUUACUUUUGCUAUCUUUACUAUCAGGCCUUCGAUUUGAUAUGCAACUUUGAAUUUCCCGCAUUCUUCGAAAGAUUCGAACUUUUUAAUUUUUUAGAUACGAAUACUUAUGGCAGGACGGCGCCGAGUACAAAAAACCCACACGUUUAUCCGCACCCCAGUACAUGCAGGUACCCUUUUUAGGCUUUUUUUCAGACUGAAAAAUGUUAAUUAGAAAGAUUGCUUCAAGUAUGGAAGUUAUUUUUGAAUUGUAGAAAAGUUGGUGAUUUACAAUAUUUAUUGGUUGUUUUAGUCAGAUGGUAUCGACUAUUUCGAAAUUAAAUAAAGUUAUAAUGAAAAAAAAGAAAGUUGACGGCAACUUUUUAAAAAGCAUUUAUAAAAUUCUUCCCAACCAGUUAUGAUCUUUUAACCAAUAAAAAUCAUUAUUUGGUAAAAAUUUGCUUUUUCGAGGUCGAUUCGGAAAUUUUUCCAUGUACUAGGAAAUUUUUCAAGCGUUUUUUUCUCACGAAAAAUCAAAAAAAUAUUGAAUUUUACAAACCGGCCAAACAAAAUCAAGAACUUGUUUAAAAUUUUUGAAGAUUUUUUUGAAAUUUCAUUUUUUUAUCAAAAUAGUUUUUUUCCAGUUGCUGA